AUGGCUGAGCCUCAGUCGCGCGUUCUGGCCCCUGCCCUGCCCGGUGUUUUGGGGGCAAAUGAAUCCCAGCAGCGACGGAAGAAUGUCGGGACAGCGUGCUCGGUCUGCAAAGCGCGCAAGCUCAAGUGCUCAGGUACCUCCCCAUGCACCAACUGCCUCAAGAACAACGUCGAAUGUACCCUCGAUGCGACCACCGAUCGCCGUCGCCGCGGCGCCCUGAAGCGUAAACUCGGCCAACUCGAAGAAAACGAGGAUCUCCUAGUGCGCCUGGUCAGCACCCUUCGUGAAAGCGGCAACCGGCACACCAUCCAGCUGCUAAAUCUCAUCCGGAGCAAUGCCUCGCUGCCCGAGAUCAAGCGCUACAUCGACACCCAGUUGGCAGGGCUCGAGUCGGAGAAGACGCCGGAGUUGAUAGAGGUGUGCAAUGAGAUGCAGCGAUUUGAGCAGACGGGGCCAAGGUCGCGGAGGCGGAGGCGGAUUCUCGAUGCGCAGCAUGCGGUUGAGCCGCUGUUCCAGGUGCAGGCGGGUCCGUGGACGAUGGUCACUGCGGACGAUGCGUAUGUCUCGCAUUUGAUCUCGCUGUGGCUUACGUGGGUUCAUCCGUUCUAUAACUGGAUUGAUCGGGGACUGUUUCUGCGGGAUAUGAAAUCGGGGAGUUUGGAGUCCAAGUUCUGUUCGCCGUUCUUGGUGAAUGUCAUGCUGGCCGAUGCGAGUGCAUACUCGGAUGGACCAGAAGCUUUGGCUCAAGGCGCCCGCUUCUACAAUGAGGCCAAACGGUUGCUGGAUAAGGAAGAGGGCAGGUACACGCUUGUUACCGCUCAAGGGAUAGGGGUUCUCUGGACAUGUGCUUUCAUGAAUCGGAAAGAUAGACACGGCUGGAUCUAUCAGAGCCAGCUGGCCUAUGCCGUCCGGGAACUAUCUCAGAGCACCACAGCUCCGUCUCCUGCCGACAAGGAUGCGCUCGAAUUGUCUCAAGUGACCAAUUUGACCAUAUGGGGUUUGUUCAACAUCGCCAUGACCCGAGCCAUAUCGGACAGAAAAGUGCCUUUGAUCAAGCCGCCCCGAAGAUUACCUAUGCCGCCGAUCAGCCACGAUCUCGAUGCAGAUCCCUGGUUUCCCUAUCCGACCGAGUCGGAGAAAUUGCAGGCACAUACGUCAUUAUAUGACUUGAUCAAAAAAAGCGACAAGAUCGGCGAGCCAAACUCCUCGAAUGCCCCAGGCAGCACGCAGCCGUUCUUGAAAGAUCUUGAUGAGGUUCGCCUGUCCUCUGCGAGGAGUAUCUCCCAAUUGAUGCGCGUUUACCGGUCCUCUUGGGGCGUCGACCGCAUGCCAGAGGGCACCAGCCAAUGGGUCAACACCGCCCUGUUCUCACUCCUCGAGCGCUUAGACACACCCGAGAACGCGGAUGCGUUUAUCAAUCUCAGCAUCGCAGCAAAGGCUGCGUCGCGGCGAUGGAGUUGGAGCAGGGCCGCUCUAGAUAACAUCCAUUCCACGGCUACAACAAUGGGCGUUCAUAUUCCGACUGAGACGGAGCCAUUGUUCGCAGAUCUAGAAGGUCGACAGGAUUGUUCACGCACCUCGAGCGAAUCCCCGCUAUUCAGAGUCGAGUCGGUCGAAGCAACAGACGGCGAUGGGUCUGAGUCAUGA